CUGUCCUGCGACGCACGCUGAUGAAGUAACCAUUUAAACGAUUCAGAUGUGUUGAUUUUCUGAAUUUCAAUCAAGAAGCGUUUUUAUUUGGGUUUCUGGUUGUCUAAGAUAUUUUUUUUGCCCGAUAAUGGCUUUGGAGACAGUACCGAAGGAUCUCCGUCACUUACGGGCUUGUCUCCUGUGUUCUCUGGUUAAGACAAUCGAUCAGUUUGAGUACGACGGCUGUGACAACUGCGAAGCGUACCUCCAGAUGAAAGGAAACCGAGAAAUGGUUUACGACUGCACCAGUUCUUCCUUCGAUGGGGUCAUUGCAAUGAUGAGUCCGGAAGAUAGUUGGGUUUCUAAAUGGCAAAGAAUCAGUAAUUUCAAACCAGGUGUCUAUGCAGUGACAGUCACAGGACGGUUACCUCCAGGUAUUGUGAGAGAGUUGAAAAGCAGAGGCGUCAAUUACAAAUCCAGAGAUACAGCCAUCAAGUCCUAGCAGAAGCAAUGUUAAACCUGUAUUCAGACAGGCCACAAUUAAGCUUCUUACUUACAGACUCUAAAACACCAUUCCUAUCAUAGCAGCUAUGAGUUAAAUACACAUGCUUUUUUUUUUUAAUGGACUUCCACUAGUUGAGAAGAAUGUCUGUUUGGGUUUUGAACUUGAUUUGUAGAAAAGCAAUGGUUUGUGUGACCUUCAAAUCUAAGUACAUUUACUUUUGCAUGAAUCAAAUAAAGAUUUUUCUGGGUUAUUUAACCUAAA